UUUAAAAUAUCUCUUCAAGUUUGUUCUUCGUUAAAAAACUGCAACUGUUACCACACAUCUCGCUUAUAAUGGCUUAUUUCACAACUACAUUAUAAUGUACUUUUUUGGCAUUAGUAUCAAAACUAAAUUGUUUAUACUUCCAACGUACCAAAAUAAUUGUUAUUCUAGAUUCUAGAGCAAUCACUUGCUGCUCUGAAACCAAAUGGUUUCAUCAUAUCUCGUGAACCUUUGGACUACGACUAUUCCCACUUUAACCAUCCUAGCCUUGUCGUUGUAACAGUACACAGAACAUUGACGGAGACACUGGUACUUCUCCAAAAGCAGGGAAAAGUCAAAAACACAAAUUACGUGAAAAUAAACUCCAACGACUUCUCUUGGAUACCCCUGGUGCAAGUCGCCUUGAGGAACAACGAUGACUUAAUACUACAUGCAGAAAAGGAACACAAUAAUGGUAUGCUAGGCCUCGUCAAUUGCCUAAGGAGGGAACCAGAGUGCAGUCAUCUUAGAUGCCUGUACUUGAUGGACGAAGACAAAGAAUUCCAAUCAACGCACCCCUUUAUAGCUGAACAGCUUAAGAAAAAUAUGGCCGUUAAUGUAUACAAAAAUGGACAGUGGGGGACUUACAGGUUUCUUCCACUGAAUCAACAGGACACUAUAGAACGAGAGCACUGCUUUGUAGAUGCAAUUUCACUGGGGGGUUUAUAUCAAGUUAAGUGGACGGAAGGAUUUCUUCAGCAUGACACGAAGAUUCCCUCAGGAAGAAUGCUAGUUCAUGUGUACUAUGCUGCUACAAUUUUCAAGGAAGGCAUGAUAGUCUCUGUAAAAAGACGCAUUGUUGCCAACGGUCAAAAAAGGUUGGACCAGGAAAGUGCCAAGGGGUUCGAGUUUUCUGGAAGAGAUGUUCGAGGACAAAGGGUUAUGGGUGUAGUUGCUUCUGAAGCACCGUCAAGUCUAGUGUUAGCCGACCCCUACCUGACCUUUAAAAUACCGGAUUCUUGGAAUAUGGAAGAAGCAGCCACUGUACCUACCGCGUAUGUAACACUUCUAUACGCUUUAUUGAUGCGUGGGCAAAUGAAGAAAGGGGAAACUAUAUUAGUCCAUUCAGGAUUUGGAGUAUUUGGACAAGCAGCUAUACGUCUUUGCUUAUAUUACAAUUGCACCAUAUACACGACUGUCAAUACGAAAGCCGAAAGAAAAUUNAGAUUUUUUAAGAACAUUUAA